AAGGGAUUUCCCUCCGCCUCUGCAGCAAGACCCUUUAUAAAGAGCAGAUUCUUUCUUCUAUUGCUUGCCCAGCUGCAUUCACUUUGGGAGCUGCAGACAGUCCCUGGGUUUCUUCAGGUAGCACAGAGAGCGGGGCAGUUUGGACUUGCUGUUUCCUUUAUCACAACAUACAAAAUGCGAGGGCAAAAACUCAGGACUGUCCUGGCCACGAACUUCCUUUGGAUGGUAUUUGUUGCAUCCGAAGAGCUGACAAUUGAGGUUGGCCCAAGCUUCAAUAUCGCCGCUGAGAUUGGUGGUUCCACCACGCUGACCUGCAAUGUGACUGGCUGUGAGGCCCCUCUUUUCUCCUGGAGAGCCCAGAUAGAUACACCUCUUGGGGGGAAGGUGCAAAAUCAGGGGACCAAGUCCGUCUUGACCAUAGAUCCUGUUGGUUUAGAAAAUGAAAAUUAUUAUCUAUGCAUAGCCUCAUGUGGAAACAACAAAGUGGAAAGAGGAAUCCAGGUGAAGGUCUAUUCUUUCCCCAGAGAUCCCGAGAUUGAGAUGAGUGGUCCCCUUAUCGUUGGAAUACCUGUCACUGUCACCUGCAAGAUCCCAAAAGUAUAUCCCUCAGAACAAAUGGAAAUAGCAUUCUUGAAGAAUGGCUCUGAACAAGCUCCAGACAUGGAAUCACAUGAUGCUAUGGAGGAAAAUAAAGAGAGUUACCUGGAGACCAAGAGUUUGAAGAUGACCUUUACUCCAACCAUGGAAGACAUGGGAAAAUCCCUCACUUGUGAAGCCAAGUUGUUUUUUCAUGAUAUGGAGUUUGAGUUUAAAGAAAAGAAAACUACACAGAUACUUCAGGUGAACACUGUACCCCAAAAUGCAACCAUCCUCAUCACUCCUUCCAGUUCUGUGCAAGAAAAAGAUUCUGUGACAAUGACCUGUUUCAGCGAAGGCCUGCCACUCCCCCAGAUCUUUUGGAGUAAGAAACAGGAUGGAGAGGAUUUAUUGCUCCUUUCUGAGAAUGCAAUGCUCACCUUGGUGGAUAUGAGGAAGGAAGACUCUGGAACUUAUGUGUGUGAAGCGAAAAACCAGUUUGGGACAAGUAGAAAAGAGGUGGAAGUAAUUGUAGAGACACCUCUUACAAUGGAAAUCUCUCCAGGACCAAAGAUUGAUGCUCAGAUUGGAGAUUCUCUUGUAUUGACCUGCACCACAAUGGGUUGUGAUGCCCCCCUUUUCUCUUGGAAAACCCUGAUAGAUAGCCCCCUAUUGGGGCAGGUGUACAGUGAAGGAAACAAAUCUACCUUGAUCAUGAAUUCCAUUGGCCUUGAGAAUGAACAUUUUUAUGUGUGCACAGCAUCAUGUGGGGACAAGAAAGUCGAAAAAGUUGUCCAAGUGAAACUUUACUCUUUCCCCAGAAAUCCAGAGAUUGAGAUGAGUGGCCCCGUUAUCAUUGGAAGCCCUGUUACUGUCACUUGCAAGGUCCCAGAGGUAUAUCCCUCAGAGCUACUGGAGAUGUCAUUCUGGAAGGAAGACUCUCAGCAUCAUGUGGAAUUGCAUAAUAUUAAUGAGAAUGUUGAAGAGAAUAACCUAGAGACCAAGAGUUUGAAGAUAACCUUUACACCAACCAUGGAAGACAUGGGAAGAUCCCUCAUUUGUGAAGCCAAGUUGCCUAUUGAUGAAAUGGAGUUUGAGCCCAAAGAAAGGAGAACUAUACAGAUACUUCAAGUGAACAUCCCUCCCAAAGACACCCGUCUUACAGCUUUCCCUUCAGAUAGUGUCAAGGAAGGAGACUCAGUUACCAUUUCCUGCACAUCUGGGAAUGUUCCAAAGUCUCAAAUCAUCCUGAGGAAGAAAACAGAGAUGGAAGAUAAAAAAUUUGAGUCUGACACCUAUGUCAUACGUGCUGCCCAGUUAGAGGAUGCUGGAGUGUAUGAAUGUGAAUCUAAAAAUGAGGGUGGCUCAGAAGUUAAGAGCCUGACACUUGAUGUUAAAGUACCUCCUCGAAACACAACAAUAUCCAUCCAUCCAUCUAGAACUGUUCUUGAAGGGGAAAAUGUCACCAUUACAUGUAAAACUUUUAGUCAUCCUCCUGCAGUGAUUGUCCUCAAAAAAAUUGAUAUGGAUAAUGAAGUGACUAUGUGUUCAAAGAAUGGAACAUUUACCUUAUAUCAUGUCACUCCUGAUGACACAGGGGUGUAUAUAAUCGAUGUUUCCAAUGAGGUUGGAAAUGACUCUGGACAGAUUGAGAUCUCAGUUAUGGAAAUUCCUAAAUAUUUUUCUCCUCAACUUCUUGCACUAUACUGCUUGUCUUCCUUGAUAAUCCCAGCUACUGGAAUGGUCAUCUAUUUUGCAAGAAAAGCCAACCACAAAGGUUCUUACAGCCUGGUAGAUGCUCUGAAAUCAAAAGUGUAGCUGUCUGUUCAACCAUAGACAUUAUUUAUCAGGCAACUCUUGAUUACUACUCAUCAUUCUGUCAGGAAAAACAACAUGCUGUGACUUCAGAAUCUCCCUCCUGCACGUGGUGAACACAUGAAGAGAACAUUUGUCUUUUCUAUUUCUUCUCACAGGCAGGAAGCCAAAGGGAAAAUUGAUACCUGUGAAGUAGUUUUUCGCUGGUCCACUGAAGUAUAAUUAUUGGAGUGGUUCUUUGCUAUGUAUAUAGAGUAGCAUUUUCUGUACAUAUGUAAAAUAAAUAUUCCUGUUUAACUAAAAAUUAGAAUAACAUUACCUUCCAUCAAAAUCUCUUCCUAAGAAGAUUAUAAAUUUGAAUAUAUUUUAAGGAAUAAUUUAUACCAGUGUCUCUUGGUAGUUUGCUAGAUAUUCUAUUUUUUAGAAAUUUUUGAUACAUUUUAUUUUGUAUUAGCAAGAUGCAUUCUUUAUAAAAUCUCCUGAAAACAAUUUCAUCUUUUGUAAAGAUGGCAAGGUUUCAGACUUGGUAUCAUGGAUCAAGAGCUGGCACUUAGUCAAAAUUUCUUGACUUGGAUAUAUGCUGAUAUAUCUGACUGAUAAUGCUGGUUUUGUGACCAUGGGCACAUUACUUUACCUCUCCAUGCCCCAGGGAAUUUUCUAAGACUAUAAGCUCCACAUGAAUGACUGGACUGAAUUUGUGGAGGUUAUUUGCAGCCCAGAUGUUCCUCAAACUGAUGAAAUCACAGAUCUGGACUCCACCCCUCAAAAAAAAAGAACCUGAUAGUGAGUACAUUACGAGGGUUGUAAGUUUUAUUUCAGGUACAAAUAACUAUCAUAAACGUGACCAAUGGUAGCAUUUCUCUUCUGUGGUUUCAAGAGUUGCUAGUAAAAAAAUGUAUUUCAGUCCUUUACAAACUAGAGAGAAAACUGCCACCAAAAGACCAGUGAUAUUAAAUGUGCCAUAGUUAGUGUUCAAUUCACUAUGGUGGUGAACUGGACUAUUUACUCUAUGCGGUACUGGUGUAAUUAUGGAAAAAUUUAUUGAGUGUGACCUUUCUGUCAAUUUCUGAAAACUUUUUCUGUUAUCUUCAUUUGACUUCAUUCUGUAAAGUUUCUUUGUACAGUAAAAAGAUAAAUUCUAAAA